AUGGCAGAUUGGGUCCAUUGCAAUAGCUGCUAUGUUCGACCUGGAGGAGGAAAAUUAUUUUCCCUCACGAACUGUGGUCACAUAUAUUGUGCAGAUUGCCUACAAGCAAACCCUGAUCAGUGCACAAUAUGCAGGAGGGCAUGCAAUUCAAUCGUUUUAUCAUCGCAGAUGAAACCUGAAGUUGAAAUGUACUUUACCAAUCCUAUUGAUUUAUCCAAGAAAUACUACACGCAGUUGUCUCAGGUGCUGGAAUUUCAGAAAAGCCACAGAGAACGACUAGCAGCAAAUAUCGAGAAAAAGGUUUUAGCAGCGGAGAGGCUCCAGCGACACAUGUCCAGACUACAGGAACUUGAACGGGAAGUUGCUGUUCUUCAAGAGGAGAAUGUCCACCUCAAGAGACUGCUUGCCAAUAAUUCUAGUAGACCUGGAACACCGCACAGUUAUAGGAAUUCACCAGGGACAACACCAAGAAGGGGCCAUACACCAUCUCCGACUUGCAGUCAGUACUCAUCCUCACCUUACGGAAGGACCACACCUAACAGUUCUCAAAAAGAAAACAAAGGGUCACAUCAUUGGCAGAACCAGUUAUCCCGCCCUGCCUCUGGGCCAACGAGACUGUCAGUGAGAACUCCACCUUGCAAUGGGUUCAUGGGUACUGUUCGAGGAACUCCAUCCCCAAACAAGCAGGUUUUAUCCCGUCCAGGAUCCGCUGGAGGGACACCAGGAACUGUUUUAAGGAACAAUCUUCAAGGAAGACACCUCAUAAGGACAGCGAACACUCCUGGGAGUUAUGAAGCGGCCACGCCAUCAGGUCUAGGGGCAACCGGGGUUACUUGUUCCCCCAUGGCGAUGUCAUCACCUAUCUUAACAACAAGAUCUACUACAACGAGCAAUAAUAGGAUAAGCAACAGAUCACAGUAUACAACUCCCUCUUCGUCUCAAGCUUCAUCACAAAGUAAUAUUUCGACUCAACAACCCGAGCGCUGCAGCCCUGAGAUACCAGCCAAGAUCAGCGAUAAUAAACAAACAACCUUUCCUGUAAGUGUUCAUUCUUGA